AUGACUGAAACUACAAAACUUAGUUAUUGGUAUUGCAACGGUUGCCAGCGAAACCUUUUUCAUGGCGAGUUUCGUUUUAACUGCACAGUAUGUAAUAAUUAUGAUUAUUGUGAACAAUGUGCAGCGACACUUGAUCCACCUCAUCCUCAUCGAAUGAUUCGUGAACUAGCAUACGGCUGUGAAGAAGGAAAGGAAACUGAUGUAAUAGAUAUGGCCACUGGAAUUCGGGUUGCAACAGCGUUGUACUGGGAUCGUCAUUGUAUGGGUGUGCGAGACGUUGAUAAAGAUAAUCCCUCACUCUAUACAGAUUCAUAUUCAUGGUUAACAUUCAAAACAGUGGGUGAUCGAUCAAAGAACUUUGGACAUGGACUACGAGGUUUAAUUGAACCUCGAGGAUAUCUUGGCAUCUGUGCAGCUAAUCGACCUGAGUGGAUGAUCACUGACUUUGCCUGUAUGUUUCAGAGUAUCAUUACUGUGCCAAUAUAUACUUUGUUUAACGAUCGUGAAAUUGCCUGUGUUAUCAAUAACACACAAGUGUCGGUGAUUGUUUGUGACAAGCAAAGGCUGCCAAGAUUUAUUGAGCUGUAU